CGUCGGUGUCCUACCAGCAUCUGUUCCUCUUUUGGUAUUAAAAAUAGACCGGUGCUGAUAACAGACUUAUGUUUCGACUGCAUCAUUUGCCGUCGGGAAUCUUUUGUGCGCUACUUUCAUUUUAAUCACCGAGCCGUGACCGCGAGAGCGCAAAUGCGCAUCGGUCUGCGCAUCUUUGAAUCUUCAGAACCACACUGUGGACAAUCUCCCUGACAUCCAAAGACCUGUCCCCCGCAAUCCUACGAGGCUUCUUCGCCGUUUAUGGCCGCACAUCGGCAUCCCUGAGCCGCCGGCCUCGUUCCGGACUUUUCACUCAUCGCUGCUCUCAAAAGCUCUCAGAAUCAGGGAGACAUUUCUACACCAAAUUGAAACCGUCCUCGGCUGGCUAUUUUUAAAGAACCCGGUGCAAUGCUGGGCCCGUCUCUCUAGAUCUUGUGAUCACUAGCCUGCACGAUCUCUCCUCCCACAUUCGUCCGAUCAAGACCCCGGUACUCUGAUCGAGCCCCAACGAUGCAUCGUAACGCAGUGAUGCUGGCGGUGGUCCUUUUGGGGAACUUGAUGCUACCUUUCAUCUCUGCUCAAAACGCUGGGUUUGUCAAGUCUCCACUCUCGGAGACUAAGCUUACAGGAGACACCUUUGAGCUGUACUGCGAGGUGGUCGGUUACCCCACUCCAGAGAUCCAGUGGUGGUAUGCUGAGGUCAACCGAGCUGAUUCCUUCAAGCAGCUGUGGGACGGAGCCCGCAAACGUCGGGUAUCUAUCAACACAGCCUACGGCACCAAUGGAGUCAGUGUGCUCGGUAUCACACGCCUCACACUGGAGGACUCUGGGACCUAUGAAUGUCGGGCAAGCAACGACCCCAGGCGCAAUGACCUCCGACAAAACCCGGCCAUCACUUGGAUCCGCGCCCAGGCCACCAUUUCGGUGCUACAGAAACCAAAGAUCAAUGCCUCUGAUCAGACCAUCUUAACAGCAGACUCCUCUAGUAAACAAGUUAUCCUGCAGUGUAACCUCACCACUGCCCAUACACGCCACAAGGAAAGCUUCUGGAUGAAAAAUGGACAGGAUAUCCCCAACACACGGACGGAACACAAGGACACAAUAUACAGAAUCAACAAGCCACGUGCUGACGAUUCUGGGGAAUACAUGUGUGUUUACACAUUUGACACGGCACCAAAUGCCAACGCUACGAUUGAAGUAAAAGCAAAACCGGACAUCACUGGCCACAAGCGAAGUGAAAACAAAAAUGAGGGGGAGAAUGCAACGCUUUACUGCAGGUCUGUCGGUUACCCACAUCCCACCUGGACAUGGCAUAAGAUGGACGGAAAAUCCCCAAUGGAGCUUGACAACUCAACUGGGCGAAUCUUCAUCACCAAUAGAGACAAUUACACAGAGCUCAACAUACUAAACCUGGAUAUUAACACGGAUCCUGGAAUAUAUGAAUGCAAUGCCACUAAUGCAAUUGGAAAUACUGCUCAGACUACAAUUCUUCGAGUCCGCAGCCAUCUUGCACCGCUUUGGCCUUUUCUGGGUGUUCUGGCAGAAAUUAUAAUCCUAGUAGUCAUCAUCGUUGUGUAUGAGAAACGCAAGAGGCCAGACGACAUCAUCGAUGAUGAUGAACCAGUUGGGCAAAUGAAAACAAAUUCAACAAACAACCACAAGGACAAAAACAUUCGCCAGAGGAAUACAAAAUAAGCAAUUUACUCAAAUGAGAUGGCUAAACUGCAUUUUUUUGACUACGUGAAGGUGUCAGAGGUGGAUGGAGCUCUGGGCAGUUUUGAAAAAAGCAUAUCUUGUCUCAUUUUAUGAGAAACAAUAUCAGCAUAACACUGGCAACAAAAAGAACAUAAUGGCUGUCUUAAGCAUGCCUUAUUCAGUCUUAAGUGGAGAUUUCAGGAUGAAGAAUAAUGACUAAAACCACCACAGAGGUGUACACAUUUUUAAUGUGCUGUUGAUGUCUCCUUUCUUGAUUUUAUCAUGUCCUCAAAUGAGGUGAUCCCUUUUGUAUUACAUAUCAUGUACAAUGCAUGCAAGAUAAUUACAACGCAAUAGGAUACUCAGAAUAGACAUUUUCUGUUGUUAUCCCUCGUGUGGCUUUUUUGCAUCCAAAAUUACCUUUUUUAUGGAGUCAUCCUCGCAUAUACAUAUACAUAUAUAUAUACACAUAUAUAUAUAUAUACACACACAUACAUAUAUAUAUAUAUAUAUAUGUAUAUAUAUAUAUGUAUAUAUAUACAUACAUAUAUGUAUAUACAUAUACACAUAUAUGUGUGUAUACAUAUAUAUAUGUGUGUGUUUUAUUCUUGAAAAUUUGUACAGCAUAUCAUGGUCAUUUAACUAUAUUUGAUUUGUGACAAGAUGUCUACUUUUAACAGAACUUUUAUUGUGAAGCAAGGGCUUCAAUGUCUGAAGCAAUGACUUCAAUGACUGGCAGUAUUUAAAUUUAAAUGAGAGUGCUUACAGAAAAUGACUACUGUGUGUUUAACUAUCUUAACAAAAAUAAUAUACGUAUUAUUUUUAUUUCCUUUCCAGAGUAACUUAGGUGUCUUGUAUAUGUUGAAGUAUGAGUGUUCAAAUGAUAGGAAAGGUGUAAAAAAUAUUUUUUUUAUAAUUCCCAAUUUCAUUAACUGAUUUUUAUUUUGUUCCUCUCUUUAACUGUAUAGCAUGGCUAUAAUCCUAUGCAAUAUGUAUUCUUAAAUAGAUAUAUGGAGGGCAGUUUGUUUUACUCAGUGAAGCUUUAAUAUUGUGGGAUCACUUGGAAGCUGGCAUAGCAAAAUUCACUGCUGUAGCUGCAUGACUCCUCUUUCAAUACAAUGUAUCCAUGUGUGGUGCAGUGGAAAUGGACCUGCAUUAAGGUGGGAACGAGGGACCAGAGUACAUAGCCACGAUCAAACAUAUAAGUGAGACCAAUAGUUUUUUUUCUUUUUUUUUAAAUAAAAAAUGUAAAAAUGAAUGUUUGUUUUGCAAGUUCUUUAAUCAACAAAUUUAAUGAUAUUCAAAGCAUCCUCUUUGGCCCAUGUAACAUAACAACUAAUGUGUAAUAUAAUUUCAAAGAACACUGGCACCAAAGCAACAAAACACUCCUCCACCAACGGGCACUGCCUACACGAACAAAUAAAAGAAAAAAAAAAAACACGAACAUG